AUGCGCUAUAGUCAGAAGAUGAGUCUGCUGUACGGAAAGCUACCAACUACUUCAUCUGAGGCCAGCAUUAGGGGCAUUGUGGAAAUUUCAAAGCUUGUGGCAUAUACAAGGCGGCUGAGUAUUGGCAUGACAGCCAACAGUGUCUGGGACAUCAGUAGGCUGGCUAAGGAAGUGCCAGAACUGGAAAAGUGGUCUGCUGUAUGGAGUGCUACCAGCUACGUCAUCAGAGGACAGCACCAGGGCCAGUAUGGGAGGAAUAGAAGGUCCUGUGACUCCACGCCAGGGGCCCAGCAUCCAGGCAAUGGGACAGUGGCUGAGGAUGGCUGGGGCAUCGUAGUACUGGCCCAGGAUGUGACGGAGUCUUCUGUACUAGGCCAAGCAGGCGAGAUCGACUUGCCAGCGGCAGUGCCCGCCAGCAGCCAGCGGCGGUCCCCGCCAGCAGCCAGCAGCGGUCCCUGCCAGCAGCCAGCAGUGGUCCCCGCCAGCAGCCAGCAGCGGUCCCCGCCAGCAGCCAGCAGCGGUCCCCGCCAGCACCCAGCAGCGGUCCCCGCCAGCAGCCAGCGGCGGUCCCCGCCAGCAGCUAGCGGCGGUCCCCGCCAGCAGCCAGCAGCGGUCCCCGCCAGCAGCCAGCGGCAGUGCCCCCCAGCAGCCAGCAGCGGUCCCCGCCAGCAGCCAGCAGUGGUCCCCGCCAGCACCCAGCAGCGGUCCCCGCCAGCAGCCAGCGGCGGUCCCCGCCAGCAGCCAGCGGCGGUCCCCGCCAGCAGCCAGCGGCAGUGCCCGCCAGCAGCCAGCAGCGGUCCCCGCCAGCAGCCAGCAGUGGUCCCCGCCAGCAGCCAGCAGUGGUCCCCGCUAGCACCCAGCAGCGGUCCCCGCCAGCAGCCAGCAGCGGUCCCUGCCAGCAGCCAGCAGUGGUCCCCGCCAGCAGCCAGCGGCGGUCCCCGCCAGCAGCCAGCAGCGGUCCCUGCCAGCACCCAGCAGCGGUCCCCGCCAGCAGCCAGCGGCGGUCCCCGCCAGCAGCCAGCGGCGGUCCCCGCCAGCACCCAGCAGCGGUCCCCGCCAGCAGCCAGCGGCAGUGCCCGCCAGCAGCCACCAGCGGUCCCCGCCAGCAGCCAGCGGCAGUCCCCGCCAGCAGCCAGCGGCGGUCCCCGCCAGCAGCCAGCGGCAGUGCCCGCCAGCAGCCAGCAGCGGUCCCCGCCAGCAGCCAGCAGUGGUCCCCGCCAGCACCCAGCAGCGGUCCCCGCCAGCAAGAGCAACUCACCAGAGAUGCGCCGAGGUAAUCCUGCGCCCUGA